CGGGAUGUUUCAAAGGGCGCCCGUGUUUGACGUCAUCGCCGCUGCGCCGUCAUUCACAAGUGGUGCUGUCAUUCACGAGCGGCGCUAUGUUCAAGGAGCAACUUGAGUCGCUUCUGGAGUGAGAGAAUUGGCCGUCUGCAAGGAUGUUGCCCAGGGGACGGCCGGAUGUUUUGAUGUUUUUACCAUCCUUGUGGGAGGCUUCUUUCAUGUCCUCGCAUGGAUCUGGAGCUGAUAGAGGGAGCUCACCUGCACUCUCCCCGGGUGGGAUUCAAACCUGGCAGCUUUCAGGUAAAGCAGUUGGUGGCUGUUCCUGUUAGCUUAAGCUUCCUUACUGUCCAAGUAUAUGCUGCUUCUCCAGAGAAAGAGGCUUCCAAAAAGAGCUUACUGAGAGUUGAUGAGCUUUCACUGUAUACCAGUCCAGCACCAAAAUCAAAGUAUGUAGAAGAUCCACAGACACAAUUGGAGGAAGGUAUCUCUCGUGUACGACAUUCCUUGGAACCAUAUACAGGCUGGUUUCAGGAUUUUUCUGGCAAAGCCAAACCCAAACUAGAGAAAGUGGCUGAAUAUGGUAGAGAAGGCUGUGAACUCCUCCAAAACCCACCUCCAGGAUUUUACCCAAGGCUUGGCGUCAUCGGUUUUGCUGGUGUUAUUGGGUUGUUUCUGGCUAGAGGUUCCAAAGUCAAGAGGUUUGUGUAUCCAGUAAGCUUCAUAGGGAUUUGUGCCUCUCUCUACUAUCCACAACAAGCCAUUACUAUUGGAAAGGUAACUAGUUCUCGGCUGUAUGACUGGAGUUUGCAGGCAUACAUAAAUAUAGAAUCUCUUUGGAAAGAUACUCCAAAAAAGAAGAAAUCUGCAAAAGCAAGUGACAAGUACAGAAGAUUAGAAAGCUUACAGAAGAUCAACAGUUUCCUAGAAUAUUGCAGCAUCUAUCAUGGCUGUGAGUCCAGUUUGCCUAUGUCUUGGCUCAGAAAGAGGGGAGCUCACAGUCUAUCUGAAAAACACCCCGCCUGAAUGUGAAGGGACAUAGCCUUGCCUUUGCCAGUUAUGCUCCCGAAAACGGGAGUUCGCUGAUGUGACUCAUAACCUGCUUCAGGAUCUGUGCCUAUACACUGUAAUCCUGACCCCAGUUUACAAGGAAGUAGGUUCCAUUAAACUUAGUGGGACUUAAUUCUAAGUAAAUGCUUGGGGUGGCUGAAAAUUGACCCUUGAAACUCCCCAGUCUCUUGUUACUAUUUAUAAAGCUUAAAUAAAAUGAAGAUUUGACAGUA